AAAAAAAAACUUAGUUUCCCCACAUACUACUUAUUAGGAGUGACACGUACCUUUUAAACUUACCAUACAAAGAAGAAACUCUUGUGGUUGACGUGUAACUAAACUUCCCACCCAUUCAUUCAUUGGCUCUAUUCCCUCACACAUCACCAUUUUCUAAAUCAAAUCUCUCUACAUAAAAUGAAGUUGAACAAGAAAAACACCAAAACAACAACAUAUUGUUCAUAAACAAAUUUCCGUUCCUUGUUAUUAUCAUUUGCUAUAUCUUUGCAUGAAAGAGCAAGAAUCUCCUUCAAUGGAUCAAGAAACCCCAUCAACCACAAAGACCCAUGUUUCUAACAACACGAAGAUUCAACAUGAUGUGGCCAUGGCAGAAGAUCAUAAUAGUAAUAAUAACAAUGUAAGAGAGAAGCUAAAGAGGCAUAAAAUUUCAAUGGCAGGAAGGGUAUGGAUCCCAGAAACAUGGGGUCAAGAAGAGCUCUUGAAAGAUUGGAUCGAUUGCACUUCAUUUGAAGCUCCUUUAGUUCCAAGCAGAAUCAUGAUGGCUAAAGCAGCUUUAGUUCAAGAGGGUAGAAGAACAAGUAGUGCUGGAUUAACAAUACAAAACAGCUCCACCAAUCACCUCCGUUUUCUUCAACCCUCACGCUCCGCUACUUCAACAUUUUCAAAUUCUAUUCAAUGUGCCGUUCGAUUCCGACCCUGCAUCGACAUACACAAGGGGAAAGUGAAACAAAUUGUUGGUUCAACCCUUCAGGAUUUGAAGGGAGAUGGGUCGAAUCCGGUGACAAAUUUCGAAUCUGAUAAGUCAGCAGCUGAGUAUGCAAUUCUUUACAAACAAGAUGGGCUUACCGGCGGCCAUGCGAUCAUGCUCGGUGCAGAUCCUUUGAGCAAAGCUGCUGCACUUGAAGCAUUGCAUGCUUAUCCUGGCGGUUUGCAAGUUGGAGGGGGAAUAAAUUCGGACAAUUGUUUGAGUUACAUCGAGGAAGGAGCAAGCCACGUCAUUGUCACAUCCUAUGUGUUCAACAAUGGUCAAAUGGAUCUCAAAAGACUAAAAGAUCUUGUUAGAAUUGUUGGAAAAGAGAGACUUGUGUUGGAUCUCAGUUGCAGAAAAAAGGAAGGUAAAUAUGCAAUUGUCACUGAUAGGUGGCAGAAGUUCAGUGAUGUGUCACUUGAUGCUGAAGUAAUGCAAUUUCUUGCCAACUUUGCUGAUGAAUUUCUAGUUCAUGGUGUUGAUGUUGAAGGGAAAAAGCUGGGAAUUGAUGAAGAGCUAGUGGCUUUGCUUGGCAAGCAUUCACCGAUUCCUGUUACAUAUGCUGGGGGUGUGACUGUAAUGGACGAUUUAGAGAGGAUAAAGACGGCGGGGAUGGAGCGCGUGGACGUCACCGUGGGAAGUGCAUUGGACAUUUUUGGGGGAAACAUGGCUUAUAAAGAUGUUGUAGCUUGGCAUACCCAGCAACAAGCCUCUAUAGUUUAAUUACAUAAUGAUUUGAGACUUGUUUUAAGUAGGGUCUGGUGAACUUUGAACUUUUGAAUUUGUUUCUCUCGUGUUUGUAACCUUCCAUUUGAUGUUUUUUUCAGUGUUUCUUUCCCUCAUGAUUGUAGCAUUUGCCUCAUUAGACAUUAGUUACUUAGAUUCCCUUGUAUGAUCAUAAUUUGCCACUAUAGUUAUUUGCAUUUUGAUGAUGUACAUGUAAAACAAUGCAUGUAGAAGUUCAUUUACUCUAUAGUAGUAGUAUAUUAUCAAAGGAAGACUAGAUAGAAGACGACCUGAAAGGACUUUGUACGAGGUUGUUGAAUUAGAUUAAAUCGUAAACUGAUGAA